GUUAUAUGAACAGUGAAACCCCAGAUCCAUCAGGAGAGAAAAGAAAAACCAAGAAAAACUCCACAGGCAGACCACCCUGUGGACACACCUACUGCAACCGCUCCAUGCUGUGUCCCUCCCAGAAGACUCGUCUCACUGGGCCUAUGCCCAGCGGCUGCUCACUUCCUAAACUCUGCCUCUGUCCUCAGCUGGCAUGGUUGGAGCCUAGAUGCCUGCCUAGGACAGGACAGGGCAGGGUUCCCAGAACGGGCUGGAUUCAGCAUCUUGGCUCUAAGUCCUGCUCUCCCCAGAAAUUAUUCUGACCUAGGGCCCUUUCCAUAGCAACAGAAAAAAGGGCCCCACCUGGGUCCCACCUGGGCCUGGGAGCCUAGGGUCACAUGGCGCUACAACUCGCAGUUUCCUUUGUGAGUGUGUCUCUGAUCUGCUGAAGCCGUGGGAGGUGGACAGAACAGAUGCUCUAAUCCCCAGUUGACAGACACAGAAACCCAGGCUUAGACAGCACAGAGGCUCAGGCCAAGUCUCAGGCUGAGCAGCGGCAGGGCUAGGAGGAGAUUCAGAUUUUGGGUUGGGGGAAAGUCGUUGCUAUAGGAACGGGGGUACCCCAGGCAGGCCCUGACCACUGCAGCUUCUCUGAGCGGCACUGCAGCCCAGCCCCCUACAUUCCAUCGUCUGUCAUUUGUUCCUGAUCUGCCCGAGGCCCCUCCUCCCUGGCAUUCUGCCCAGGAGAGAACCCCUAGGCACCAGGAGGAGAGCCAGGGCCCAGGAACUGGCGGAGCCAUCAGUAGUGUCCAGCGUGGAGCUGGAACCUGUGAUGUGGCCCUGUGUGGCCCUAGGUUUAUGUGGAGUGAUUUGGAGAGACUCUCAAUCAGAACCCGGGUGUUGUGGGUCCAUUUGUGCAACUAUAUCUGAGACCAUGGGCAACUUCCCAGCCUUGUCUCUCUAUGGGGGUGUAUGUGGUUUGGGUUGAAUUGAGUGUCUACUGGACUGUGCUGCUGGAAGAGGUGGGGCCCUGUCUCCAUAGCCCCCUGGAGAGUGGUGGGGAGGAAAAGGUGGGGAGGAAAGUGCUAAGGAACAGCUUAGAGGCUUCAAACUGGUCAGACGACUUUGGGAAUCCAGGAGCUGGAGCCAAGAAGGGAGAGGGGAGGACAGGCGGACAGAGGAACAGGUGGAAGGCUGGACAGGCCGACAGAUUCAGGGCUGUGGCAUGAAGCUGCUGCCCAGCUGGAGAGCGGUGUUGCCCUUGGGCCCUGAGGACAGGGCCUGGCCAUGGGUACAGCAACCCAGAAGAACUGCACAUACUUGUGCCCCAAAGAUGAGAGCCCAAGAGGACCCCGAGGGCCGGACACAGCAUGAGUCCCCAGGCUCAGCCGGGACCUCUAUCGGGGACCCUCCACUGUUCCUGCCCACAGAGUCCAAGUUUGACAUGUUGUACAAGAUUGAGGACGUGCCGCCCUGGUACCUGUGCAUCCUGCUGGGCUUCCAGCAUUACCUGACUUGCUUCAGUGGCACCAUCGCUGUGCCCUUCCUCUUGGCUGAGGCAAUGUGUGUGGGCCGUGACCAGCAUGUGGUCAGCCAGCUCAUCGGCACCAUCUUCACCUGUGUGGGCAUCACCACCCUCAUCCAGACCACACUGGGCAUCCGGCUGCCGCUGUUCCAGGCCAGCGCCUUUGCAUUUCUGGUCCCAGCCAAAGCCAUCCUGGCCCUGGAGAGAUGGAAAUGCCCGCCGGAAGAGGAGAUCUACGGUAACUGGAGUCUGCCCCUGAACACCUCUCAUAUCUGGCACCCACGGAUGCGAGAGGUCCAGGGUGCAAUCAUAGUGUCCAGCAUUGUGGAGGUGGUGAUCGGGCUGAUGGGGCUUCCUGGGGCCCUGCUCAGUUACAUUGGGCCUCUCACAGUGACCCCCACUGUCUCCCUCAUUGGCCUUUCCGUCUUCCAAGAUGCUGGAGACCGAGCAGGCUCCCACUGGGGUAUCUCAGCUUGCUCCAUUCUCCUGAUCAUCCUCUUCUCCCAGUACCUGCGCAACCUCACCUUCCUGCUGCCUGUCUACUGCUGGGGAAAGGGACUCACUGUCUUCCGCAUCCAGAUCUUCAAGAUGUUUCCCAUUGUGCUGGCCAUCAUGACUGUGUGGCUGCUCUGCUACAUCAUGACCCUGACAGAUGUGCUGCCCGCAGACUCCACAGCCUAUGGCUUCCAGGCACGAACGGACGCCCGAGGGGACAUCAUGUCUAUUGCGCCCUGGAUCCGCAUCCCCUACCCCUGUCAGUGGGGCCUGCCCACAGUGACUGCAGCUGCUGUCCUGGGAAUGUUUAGUGCCACACUAGCAGGCAUCAUUGAGUCCAUCGGAGAUUACUAUGCUUGUGCCCGUCUGGCUGGUGCGCCACCCCCUCCAGUACAUGCUAUCAACAGAGGGAUCUUCACAGAGGGCAUCUGCUGCAUUAUCGCAGGGCUGUUGGGCACUGGCAAUGGGUCCACCUCAUCCAGCCCCAACAUUGGCGUCCUGGGGAUUACCAAGGUAGGCAGCCGGCGCGUGGUGCAGUACGGUGCGGCUAUCAUGCUGGUCCUGGGCACCAUUGGCAAGUUCACAGCUCUGUUCGCCUCGCUCCCGGACCCCAUCCUGGGGGGGAUGUUCUGCACCCUUUUCGGCAUGAUUACGGCUGUGGGGCUGUCCAACCUGCAGUUCGUGGACAUGAACUCCUCCCGCAACCUCUUCGUGCUCGGAUUUUCCAUGUUCUUCGGGCUCACGCUGCCCAAUUACCUGACUUCCAACCCCGGCGCCAUCAACACAGGCAUUUCUGAAGUGGACCAGAUUCUGACUGUGCUGCUGACCACGGAGAUGUUUGUGGGUGGGUGCCUCGCUUUCAUACUGGACAACACAGUGCCAGGGAGCCCAGAGGAACGAGGUCUGAUACAGUGGAAAGCUGGGGCCCAUGCGAACAGUGAAACAUCUACCAGCCUCAAGAGCUAUGACUUCCCCUUUGGAAUGAGCAUGGUAAAAAGGAUUGCCUUUCUGAAAUACAUUCCUAUCUGCCCAGUCUUCAAAGGAUUUUCUUCAAGGUCAAAAGGCCAGCUUCCAGUUCCAGAAGACACUCCAGAAAAUACAGAAACUGGGUCUGUGUGCACCAAGGUCUGAAAAAUUACUCCUAGGAAAGCAUGGCUUGCCAAGAGGUGCUAUGUCCGCACCCGGGAUCCGAAUCAGCGAACCCUGGGCAGCCGAAGCGGAAUGUGCGAACUUAACUGCUGCGCCACCGAGCCAGCCCCAUCAUCUUUAUGCUUUUACCAAAGAAAAACUAAACUACUCAGUUUCCACUUUUGUGACCUAUUUGACUGUCCUAAAGGGAAGGUAGACUGGGUGAAAAGUCAAUAUAUGGAUUUCAGGUGGAAUUCCUUAGCCAUUUUAGUGAGAGUGGAACUUCCCAACUGGUGCGGGCCAUUAAGAGGUUCCAAGUGUGCUGAAAUAUUGAUCGCUUCAGCCUUCUGGGUAUCUGAGCAGAAACUGGGUCAGCUGGAGCUCAUGAGCCAUAAACUCCAGCCACAGGCAGCCCCAUCCUUGCACUCAAGUAUACUAAACAAAUAUCACUUUAUGACAUGGAAAAGGUUGACAAAUAUUGACACAAGAACAGGAAAAAUCUCCUGAUAUAAGCUGCCUUGUUUCAAUAGUGGUAAUAAAAUAAAAUUCCCAUGAAAAUAGAAUGACUUCAGUUACCCUAAAACUAUGCCAUAUAGGUCCUGAUAGGGUCAUCUAUCCAUCCCAAGGGCUUCAAAAAGAGUAGCUGAUGCUCUGCACCUUUCCAUCUCUACUUGUAAGGCAGAUGCCUGGCUCUCUAGUUAAACACCAACGUAGUUUUAAUGUGGGUGCAUGUUCCCUCAGACAGACAAUUUCCAACAAAAUGAGAACUCAGCCUAGAUGACUCCUUAACAGUAAUAACAACAGUCACUUAGAACUUCCUAUGUGCCAGGGACUGUCUUAAGUGCUUGAUGUAUAUGAACUAAUUACACAAUCCUGAGAUGGAUACUGUUAAUAUUACCAUUUUAAAGAGGUGGAAACUAAGGCACAGAAAGGUUAAGUGACUUGCCCACGAUGACUGGAUCCACAUCCAGAAGUCUGGCUAGUCUUGCUCUUAAUCAUUAGGUUACAAUGCCUAAUUCAAGUUUAUAAUCUCCGAUUAUACUGCACUGAUAAUUUGACAGUAUGUGGAAAUGAACUCAUUCAUUUGCCCCUGUGUGAGCUCAGAGGGAAAGGAUCUGUGAGCUUCAGAUAUGUGGCAGUCUGCUGUGCCACUUGUGGUACUGAGUUGUUAGAGAACAGAGGGAACUGGUUGUAUCACAGCUCCAAAAAGAAAGAGAGCCAAGCAGGGUCAUCUCAGCCUCAGAGUUUCUUAAUAAAUCUACCUGUUUAUUAGUUUGUUAAGGUGGCUUUUAAAAAACACUGGGACACAGGUGCUUACAUCAAAGGACCUAGGGACAAUGUGAGCCAGAACUGACUACAUGGCUUUCUUAAUCUUCUUGAGACUAACAAGCCCAAGAAAAGUACAGAAGACAUUAUCAACAACUAAGUGAGGGCCAUGAGGCAGAACUGUAUGUGGAACCAGGAACUGGCUAGUUGGCUGACAGCCUAUACCAAAUAAAGACUAGUCACAAACACAUUAUAAAUAAGUUUGUGAGAGGGAAAAGAGGUCAAGGUGAAUCAAAACAGCAAACCAGCCCAAUUAAGACCAGCAAUGGCUUGUUAAUGGCAGAAGCCAAUGGAGGUUAUACUAGAGUAAGGUUAUCAUUAUAUUGGUCAGAGAAAAAGUUUCUUAACAUGGAUAUCCACAACUGCCCUGACAAUGCAGCCAGAGGCACUCAAGGUGGGUUAUGGAAGGGGCUUUGGGGUUUAUUUUACUAGUGUAUUUUGGACAGAUACUUGCAUAACAUACUUGACACCAUGGAAUCUAAUAAAGCCUGCCCUCUCAGCAUAUCUUGCCAGUAGGGUUGUAGUAAGGUACUGAGCCCAUACUAAAGUGAGUAUCCCCACUGGAGAGUCUGUAAUCCAGCACCAAUAAACACAACCAUCAGCUCAGUUCUACUAUUAUUUAUUUUUUUAAAUAUUUUUGAAAAAAUAUAAUUUUUUUACAAUAUUUUCAACUUAAACACUAUUCACACUGAACACGUAUGGCAGCUUAACCUACCCAAAUAUGAAGUUUAAGAAGCCAAAACUGUUCUAGCUUUGUUAAAAGAAAAGUUGUGCUGUAGACUAUUGUAGUGAUGGUUAACAAAGCAAGGAAAAGCACCACUCAAAUCAUAUGUCACAAUUUCUUUGUUCAACUGGAUUAUGGGUUGGUCAAAUGUUAGACUUCACUCAGGCAUAGCUACAAUAGUGACUCCUUCGAAGAAGAUGCAAUUCACAAAUCACAUACUUCCUCAGAUGUAACAUUAGGAGAAUUCAGAUUUCUUACAUGAUAACAUACCAUAAAAGCCAGAACUAGUUCUCAUCUGAUCACUACCUUGUAACCUCAGUAACCAAAGACAUACUUGUCUGUAAUAAAUUAUUUCAAAUUAACUAACAAGCCUUCUUCAGAAAAAGGAGAUUCUUUUUGAUGGGACAAAUGCAAAUUUAAGUCUUAACUGAGAAGUCCGCUUAGCAACUAAAACUUAAUUUACUCAUUUAAAAAAA